UGCGCAGUUCCGCUCGCGAAUCACGUGACCGCCCAUCUGCAGCUGCCAGGCAGCGACUCAACAUCAACACCCACAGUAGCUGCUGUUUACACUGUUUCCUUGCACAAAUUUCCACAGCCGAAAUCUCCCUCAUUAUGGGGGACAAGGCGGGAACCCGGGUAUUCAAGAAGUCAAGUCCCAACUGCAAGGUGACAGUAUACCUGGGAAAAAGAGAUUUUGUAGAUCACUUAGAUCACGUUGACCCUGUUGAUGGUGUGAUUUUGGUGGAGCCUGAAUAUCUCAAAGAUAGAAAAGUAUUUGUCACAUUAACCUGUGCAUUUCGAUAUGGCCGUGAGGACUUGGAUGUGUUAGGGCUUUCUUUCCGAAAAGAUCUUUACGUGUCCACUUUUCAAGCCUAUCCUCCCAUACCAGAGGAAUCAAAAGCUUGCAGUCGGCUACAAGAGAGACUUUUGAAAAAACUUGGUCAAAAUGCUUAUCCUUUCCAUUUCACCAUACCACAAAACCUCCCAUGUUCAGUUACCUUGCAGCCUGGGCCUGAAGACACAGGAAAGGCCUGUGGGGUGGAUUUUGAAAUCAGGGCUUUCUGUGCCAAAUCGAUGGAAGAUAAGAAUCACAAAAGAAAUUCAGUUCGGCUAGUGAUACGUAAAGUCCAGUACGCCCCUGAGAAACCUGGCCCACAGCCUAUGGUGGAGACUACGAGGAGUUUCCUAAUGUCAGACCGGUCUCUACACCUAGAGGCUUCUCUAGAUAAAGAGCUGUAUUACCAUGGAGAACCCAUCAGUGUUAAUGUCCACGUCACCAAUAACUCAACCAAAACUGUCAAAAGGGUUAAAAUAUCAGUUCGACAGUAUGCUGAUAUUUGUCUCUUCAGUACAGCGCAGUACAAAUGUCCAGUGGCUCAGAUAGAAGCUGAGGAUCAGGUGGCGUCCAGCUCUACAUUCUGCAAAGUGUACACGCUCACUCCUGCCCUCAACAACAAUCGAGAGAAGAGAGGACUGGCACUAGAUGGAAAACUUAAACAUGAAGACACCAACCUCGCAUCCAGCACAAUUGUAAAGGAUGCGAGUAAUAAAGAGGUUCUGGGAGUCUUGGUCUCAUAUCGGGUCAAAGUGAAACUGGUGGUCUCCCGCGGAGGGCUUUUAAGCAGCUUGCUGGAGAGGGAUGUGUCAGUGGAACUGCCUUUCGUCCUAAUGCAUCCGAAACCCACAGACUCCACUGUUUCCCUUUCACCCACAGCUGUUCCAGUGUUAGACCCACCGAUUGACACAAACUUGAUUGAGUUUGAUACAAACAGUUUAAUGGCAGACGAUGACAUUGUGUUUGAGGACUUUGCUCGCUUGCGCUUGAAAGGAAUAAUCGACAAGGAGGAUUGCUGAACACUUACAUCUUAUUCGCAUUAUAAUCGGCAUCACACGAUAGCCUGAAGAAAUCCUCUCUUUAAGGGUGUAACAAUGAAGUCAUUCUCAUCUCAUUGAGGUUUGGACUUAUAUUUUAUGAAAAGAAAACGGAUGGAUAAUAAACCACCUGGAUAUUAAGGUGCUUAAGUGACUUAAGCUAAUGAAGGAGCUGAUCCCAGGGAAUUACUAAGUUUUGCGUAAGCAUGUGAUAAUUAUAUCUCUUAUAUCGUGCCAACUGAUAUGUUAAGAAUGGCAAGGCUGUGUGUAACGGCCAAAUUGCGAUUUGUAUUAUAUUCCUUGUAUUUAUUCCUUUACACGGAGAGUCAGGAUUUUUCUGUGAUUUGUGUAUAAUACCUCCUUGUGUGUUACGCAAUGACCGUGAGAUUCAGUGAUGUGGACCGUGCAUGUUUUAAAAUGCUGCUGUAAGGGGGGGCGACGUGACUGAGCACAUACAGUUUGUGCAGGUUGUAUAUAUUUAAUAUUGCUGCUUUGAUUUAAUGAAUGACUGCAUUUGGUUAAAAAAAAAUGGGAAGGCUAAACUAACGGAUGUGUUAAGAUUUUACAUCCCUCAGGGGAAACGAACAAAAAAACUGGAUAUGUUAAUGCAAUUUUCAUAAUUACCAUAUACAUUAUUUGCCAAUUUAUUUUCUUUUAAAACUGAAUUUUUAUUUAAACUUUUUUUUAAUAAAAUUAAGAAAAAAUUAA